AUGGACCCAGCGACGGCGCAGGCUCAAGCGGCAGCGGCAGCGGCUGCAGCAGCGGCGCAAGAUACCCUCUCCGUCAUCCUCGUGACGGCAGGCUACGACCAUACGAUCCGGUUCUGGGAGGCGUGGUCUGGCGUGUGUUCGCGGACGGUGCAACAUCCGGACUCGCAGGUGAACCGGCUCUCAAUCUCACCAGACAAGCGCUUCUUGGCGGCGGCAGCCAACACGCAUGUCAGGCUGUAUGACUGCUCGCAGGGAGGAAUGGGGGCAGGCACUGUGCCGGGGGCGGGCACGGCGGGGGCAGCGGCAGCAGCGACGGCAGCCGCACACGGGCAUGGUGGAAACCCCAUCGCGACGCUCGACGGCCACCACGGCAACGUGACAGCCAUUGCAUGGCACUGCGAUGCCAAGUGGCUCGUGACUGGCUCGGAGGAUGGCACACUAAAGAUCUGGGACACGCGGACGAGCAGGGCGCAGCGCAUCUACGACCACUCGGCGCCGGUCAACGAUGUCGUUGUUCAUCCAAAUCAGGGCGAGCUCAUCUCGUGUGAUCAAGCAGGCGCGGUAAAAGUUUGGGACCUGUCGGUCAACAAGUGCAGCCACGAGCUCGUGCCCGUACCCGAUCUUCCGAUGAGAUCGGUCACAGUGGCGUCGGAUGGCUCGUGUCUCGUCGCAGGCAACAACAAGGGAUCUGUGUACGUCUGGCGCAUCCAGAACGGAGCGUACGACGAUGACGGGAAUCUCAUUGACGAUGGAGCAGGUCCAGGCACGCCUUCGCUAGGAGACCCUUCAAAGCAGGACCAGACGGGUCCCACCUCGCCUGGCGUAGGACAAGGCAAUCCAUCCUCGUCCGACUAUACCACGAUCAAGCCCGUGACCAAGUUUGAAGCGCACGACCGGUACAUUACACGAUGCUUGCUGAGCCCAGACGUACGACACCUCGCGACAUGCUCAGCCGACACGACUGUCAAGAUCUGGAGCACGUCUCGGUACGAAUUUGCGCUCGAAAAGACACUGGUCGGCCACCAGCGGUGGGUGUGGGAUGCCGCCUUCUCGGCAGAUUCCGCCUACCUCGUCACGGCGUCGUCAGAUCACGUCGCCCGGCUGUGGGAGCUCAGCUCGGGCGAGACAGUGAGGCAGUACAAUGGCCACAACAAGGCCGUGUGCGCAUGUGCCCUCAACGAUUCUCACUUGGAGUAG